UGUCAGACGCUUCCGAUACGGAAACGGCACGACCGGUCUAACGGCAAACGUAGUUGCCGCCUUGUCGGUGCUGGAACAACAAUCAGGAUAUCGUCGACGGAGAACGUUCAGCGUGCCGAACGCGUUUAAAUCGUGCAUCGAGCACGUCACUCAUAGUCAGCGUAAAAAAGCGGCGCGAAACAGCCUGUCCAUCUUCAUUCCGGCGAUCGGUCAAUUCUGAUUCGGUGACGGAGGCGUCUCGUCUCGGUCCCGUACGCAUCCCACCCGGAGCGCUUUUUCAUUCGGCGAGAAACGUCGAACGCGACGGACCUUGCUCGAGGAACCCGGGGAAACACGGUCGUGGAAAGGCUUCCUUGGAAUUCUGGCGAAGACCGGCGGAGUGUGCACGAUGAAGCGGAUGAUCGUACCGAUGAGCUUCGUGGCGGCGGUUCUCGGAUCUACGGUGAUCAACGACCAGUGCACGAUCGACGAGACGUCGGCGGUGUCCUGUCGAUGCACCGGCAGCGAGGAGUUCGAAAUUCCCGGCGACUUCCGCGGCUACCAGAACACAAGCAGCCUGCACGUUCAAUACUGCCGGUCCGCGCACCUGCACGACAUGAACCUGAUAUUAGCCUCGCACAUCACGGAGAUCGUCGUGGACAACAUAGACGGCAUCCUCAGGUUCGAGCUGAUCCCCAAAUCGAAGAAGCUGAAAGACCUGAGGCUGUCGCAUAUCCGCUGGAUACCGACCUUGACCAGGCAAAUAUUCAUCUACACGAAGGAGAUCAACUCGCUGACGAUCGAGAACGCGAGGAUCGGCCAUUUGGGCGAUCUAUUCUCGAACACCUUGAUCACCAACGUUUUCCUGACGAACGUAACGGUCGAGUACGCGGAGAAAUUGUACUUCUCCGAGGAGCGGGGCAACGUUUUGCGGAUCGCCGACAGCGAGUUCCAAAAUAUCGCGAACACCUGGAACUUCGCGAACUUCUCGAACGUGGAAAUCGUGCGUUCCAGGUUUUAUCUGAACAAUCCGGGUAAUUUGAAGAUCGAAGCCGACGAGGUACUCGUCAAGGAUUCCGUGUUCUCGAACACGAGCAUCAGCAUAAUCGCCCAGAACUCCGUCAGCACGGAAGAUAUCUGCGCGACGGGGAAGAGCUCGAUGAGCCUCUACUCGAACAAGAUCGUGAGCACGAACAAUCGUCUGCCGAAUCAGAUCAAUUACCAUCAGAAAAUAAACCUGAAGCCGGACGAUCGGAACAACACGAUCUGCAUCGCCGGCAACUGCAAAUGCUCGGAAACCAGCGGCCAGGAUACGUACGCGUCGACGAUCGCGUCGUCGUUCGCGUACCGAUUCUUGAUGUCGGUCGUUGUUUUAACGUCGGCGCGCGUAAAAUCGUUCUGAUCGGCUCGCGCGCCUCCACGGAGAUUCUUACGCCUCGGAAUAUGUAACAUGUUUCUAUCGAAAACAGCUUCUAUCGCGAACAGAACGAGGAUCGCCGAACUUGGAAAUCAUAGCUUCGAAGUGGAAACGUACGUGCGAGACGUAACGAUCGAAUCAAAGCUUUUGUAAAAUAAUUUUAAGCGGGCUCUCUCUCUCUUUCUCUCUCUCUCUCUCUCUUAAAUUAAAAGUUUUAAUUACUCAUACAAAAUAGUUCGAACACGGACACGUGUAACCACAUACGAUUCUUGCUAUAUGAUAUACAGUGUUUAUCCAUUAUGCUUCAGCGAAUAUUUUCAUAAGACAAUUUUUCAAUCCCGUCGCACCUGUAUGCGCGCAUUUCUUGUACUAUACGAUUGCGUUUUUAAUAAAGGCCCACAUCUUUUUGUACCCACGGAAAA